GUCCUUGUUGCAAGCUGAAACCGAUAAAUUCACAUCAGGUUGCCCCCUACAGAUAAAAAAAACUAUUGUUUAUUUACAUCAUCCACAACUAAAUGUACGCCUGUACAGUUUAUUAUGUAUAGAAUCCUGUCUUGUUUAUUUCUAAACUGUUGAAUUCAAUGUUUUGUGCUGUCUUCAUUUUAAUUUACGGUAAAUAUUUGAUCUGAGAAAUUGCCGAUCCCCUUUAAAUUAGUCUACAAAAUAGGUGAUUUCCUCUAUCAAAAAAAAAAACCGUUCCGAAAUUCCGCCUCGACCGAACUCCACCUUGAACAGCAGGUAAAUCCUAGAGCGUAGGCUAUUCUCCACGCCUAUUUAAACAAGCUCUCCUUUUAGGAAAUCCAGCAUCUUACUGAGACUCAUUCCGCUUCGUGUUACUUAGUCCUCUCGUGGAAGAUGAAGAUGUAUACAUUACUCUGUAUCGCCUGCAUUAUAUGGACUGUGGAUUCCUAUGGCAAUGGCAUGGUUCCGGACAGCUGUACAGAUAUGACACCCAGGCAUCCCGGCAACGCUCAGACAACCUCAAGUCCCUACACUGUAACUUCUAACAUGACCAGCUACAAAGCAGGAGAUGCGAUUAAAGUGACUCUACAGGCAAGCUCUACAGCCUUCAUUGGUUUCAUGCUACAGGCUCGUGAAGUUGGUGGAAGUGUGCCUGUUGGAUCUUUCACUGUAACAAAUACGGGCACCCAACGUUUAAACUGCAAUGGAGUAUCUAAUUCAGCAGUCACUCAUACCUCAGCUGCAAGUAAGACAAACGUCCAGGCAUUGUGGACAGCGCCAUCAUCUGGAAGUCUCAAAGACAUUGAAUUCAGGGCAACUUUUGUUCAAAGAACUAAUACCUACUGGGUUCAAGUUAAAAGUUCAAAAGUUAUUUUCAGUGGACAGCCUGGUCCUAACACCACUGCUGUCGUUCAACCAUCAACUUCCCCUGGUCCUAACCCCACUGCUGUUGUUCAACCAUCAACUUCCGUGGGCGUAUCCAGUUCUGGCUGUGGGAGCACUAAAGUCUGCUUCAGUGAACCCAGUGGCUGUGACCCUGCUGCAGACGCCAACUGUCACUUUAUGGCUGUGUCCACAUCACCUGCAGCUUCAACCAUGCAGUUGGAAUUGUCUGGCCCCUCAGAUGGCUACAUCGCUACUGGCUUUUCAGAUGAUCAAGAGAUGGGAAAUGAUGAUAUUUACAUCUGUGGUUUAAACAGUAACAGUGCUGUUCAAGUGCAACAUGCCUAUUCUACAGGAAGAAGUGCCCCGGAAAUAUUAAGCCUGGAAAAUGUCACUGACAUUAAGACCUCUGUCCUCAAUGGGAUUAUUAGCUGUUCUUUCACUUCUCAAAACCCCAUCAAGACUCAGCGAAGUUUGUCGAGUUCCCCGUACUACCUCAUGUUUGUUUAUGGACCUUCUAAUAAUGGUCAAAUUCAAAUCCACACUGAGACAUAUGUCAGUGGAAAGAGUUUAGAUAUUACAAGUCCUCAAACAGUCAGCCCAUCUCUCCCCAGCAUUAUUAAAGCGCAUGGGGCUCUGAUGCUCAUCGCCUGGAUGACUACAGGUAGCCUUGGCAUGCUCAUUGCCAGGUAUAUGAAGUCAGCCACUAGAGGCACCACCUGUUGUAAUAAAGACCUUUGGUUUUUGGCCCAUGUGUUCCUCAUGGCCCUCUCUGUAGCUGCGACCAUCAUCGCCUUCAUCUUGAUAUUCUCAUACGCUGGGGACUGGGCCGGAGGUGCACAUCCCGUUCUAGGCUGUUUGGUAAUGAUUCUGGCUUUCGUCCAACCCUUCGCUGCUCUAUUUCGCUGCACGCCAGACCAUAAAUGGAGGUACAUUUUCAAUUGGACACAUGCUUUGAAUGCUCUGACAAUUAAAGUCCUAGCAGUGGGUGCAAUAUUCACUGGUCUGGCACUCAUUGACACCACAGCGGACAUGUGGAUCCAGAAGGUGAUGGGGGGUUUUGUUGGCUGGGAGGUCUUGCUAUUUAUACUCCAACAUGCAAACUUCAAGCGCAGUCAGAAUGAUGGCGAGAGGGCUUCACAAGUGGUGAAGGUGGAAGUGGGGCUUCUGAUCCUGUUCUUGAUUGGGAAUCUGACCUUUUUGGUGGCCAUUCUCGUUGGUAUUGGAAUGUCGUAAUGACUCAUGGAGAAUGGACCAUGAACCGUAUCAGUGGAAAAUGUACUGCUUUGUAAACAUCCGCAACUACAUAUAUCUGAUUACUUUUAUUAUAAUAUAGGUCUGUGUGAAUUACAGCUGUAUAAUGCUAACAAAGCCAAGAGGAAAUGACUCCAAAAUUUUACACCUUUACGUGGCAAAAACAUAUUAAUUUCCUGUUAAGGUAAUUGUAAUGCAAUGUGCAUAAUAUACACAUGGCACAGCUCAGGAUGACUUCAGUUCCCUAGUGCCAGAAUGAAAUGCAAUGGUAACACACAUCCCAGUCACAAACAGAGAUUUACCUUAGCUCCCGCUGGUUUUCUUCUGUUGUGACCUUUGUGUUUAUGGCGCAGACUCAUACUUUGUGUGUCUGAUAUCUCCUGUGAUCGAGAUACCCUGCCAAGCCCUCCCAUAACUAUAGUCUAUAAAGCACCUCCAUGGUAUCGGUUGCCACUUUGCAUAUGUUUGUUUCAUGUACAUAUGAUUAAACUCAUAUUACUUGUGAGUGAAAUGAUGUACAAAGUUACCUGGGAUAUUGAUGCUAUUGCUGCUGCUGUUUCUGCUGCUGCUACUGUUGUUUUUGUUUUUUCAUUGGUUGGAGAGGAUGAUGGUUUUUUAUUUUAUUUUAUUUUUUUGUAAUAUAUAAGGUAUUAAAGCUAAAAAAAAAAAUUCAUAACUGCAAAUAAUUAAAUUAGUAAUACAUACUAUUGUAUGAUUCCAAAGAUUUAGUCUCAGAUCCUACUCAUUAGGCAUAGGAUAGACUUUUGUAUUAGUUCAACAUUGUAAUCCGUGUGAGCUGUGCUAAAUGAAGUAUUCAUUUUAUAAUUUUGAUGAUAAAAAAUGAUACAUUUUAUUCUGCACAAAUAGAAAACUAAAACAUUU